CAUAUUUCAAAUUACACUUUAACGUUACCAUCAAGGGUAUAUGAUCUCUUUGUUUACCACACGCGUAGCUUUCUAUUUUUACAAUUCAAACCAGAGAGUCCUCGAACUUUGAGUCUGAUUCAAACUUAGCAAAAAAUGUUUAAAUUUAGAUUUGCGGAAGAUACAGCUGAUACUCUUGAAGAAGACAGCGAGCAGAAGGACAGAUUAAAAUGGAUUCCCGCCUUCAAACUUGAAAUAACAUCCGAACAAAUUGAAGCGAAAUAUGAGGCUGAUUAUUAUACAGAGACCGAAGUAUUUCCUGAUUGUAAUUUAAAAUUGAUCCGCUCUGAUAAAAUAACUCAGGAUUUAACUGAUCAAAAUUGUAAGAUAAUAGUUGAGGCUGAGUCGAAACAUUCCGAUCUCAUUCCAGCAAAAUACGAAGGCGGCUUAAAAAUUUGGGAAUGUACAUUUGAUUUGGGCAAGUACAUACUGGAGAAAGAAAUCGAAUUGAAAGAUAAACUUAUCAUGGAUUUAGGAUGCGGCGCUGGAUUAAUUGGUCUUUUGUCUCUUCGCAAAAAUGCCAUAGUCCAUUUCCAAGAUUAUAACGCAGAAGUGCUAAAAUUCGCGACCAUUCCGAACGUGACGUCAAAUUUUGACGAUCGUACGAUUAUAACGACGAGAUGCGAAUUUUAUGCCGGGGAUUGGGCUUCUCUCGCGACGUUACUCGAUGAAAGUAAAAAAUAUGAUUACAUCUUCACGAGCGAAACAAUCUAUAAUCCGGACAAUCAUAAAAAAUUGUACGAAAUUUUCAAGACAAAGCUAAAAGCCGAUGGCGCUGUAUUUGUCGCUGGAAAAACCUACUAUUUUGGCGUGGGUGGUGGAAUGAGACAAUUUGAGAAUAUCGUCUUGAAGGACGGGUACUUCGACGUUGAGUCGGUGUGGAGAAGUCAAGAUGGAGUUAACAGAGAAAUUCUGAAACUCACGAGGAAAAUCGAUGUUCGAGAACGUCACAAAUCUGAUGUAUAACAUUAUUGUCUUCGUAAUACUAUGAGGUAUCGACUUGGAAUGUUGCAGCAAUCACCUGCAGAAGAGUGACCGCUUCUGCGGUGUGAUUCUCUUCUUAUACACAAAAAUUGUUAAUUCUCUUGCUCUUCUUUGCGUCAAUAAAAUAUUUGUAAUUUUU